GUGCUCUGCUCUUCUUUCUCCUCUCACCAGAGCUGGACUGUCUUUUGGACCAGGGACUAAUCCGGACCAUCUGGAGACUUUGGGGCUCACUGGAACUACGACGGUGGACAUCUGGAUCCCUGACAAACUCACCUGUCAUGCCCUGGCGUCAUCCCGAAGUGGAGUCCCCCAGCAUGGAGCAGUACACCUGGGACGACCACCACUACGAGGGCUCGCUGUUCCCCACGUCCACCCUCAUCCCCGUCACCGUCAUCUGCAUGCUCAUCUUCAUCGUGGGCGUCACCGGGAACACCAUGACCAUCCUCAUCAUCCAGCACUCCAAGGACAUGAAGACCACCACCAACCUGUACCUGUCCAGCAUGGCGGUGUCUGACCUCAUCAUCUUCCUCUGCUUGCCCUUUGACCUCUACCGGCUCUGGAAGUACGUGCCGUGGUUGUUCGGGGAGGCCGUGUGCAAGUUCUACCACUACAUCUUCGAGGGGUGUACGUCGGCCACGAUUCUGCACAUCACGGCUCUGAGCAUCGAGCGCUACCUGGCCAUCAGCUUCCCCUUUAAAAGCAAAGUGGUGGUGACUCGGAGGAGGGUGCAGUACAUCAUCCUGGCCUUGUGGGGGUUUGCGCUGGUGUCCGCCGCUCCCACACUCUUCCUGGUCGGGGUGGAGUACGAGAACGAGACGCACCCAGACUUCGAUACGGGGCAGUGUAAGCACACGAGCUACGCCAUCAGCUCGGGACAGCUGCACAUCAUGCUCUGGGUGUCCACCACGUACUUCUUCUGCCCCAUGCUCUGCCUCAUCUUCCUCUACGGCUCCAUCGGCUGCAAACUGUGGAAGAGCAAGAGCGACAUGCAGGGCCCCUGUGCUCUGGCCCGAGAGAGGUCCCACAGGCAGACCGUCAAGAUCCUAGUGGUGGUGGUCCUGGCCUUCAUCAUCUGCUGGCUGCCGUAUCACAUCGGCCGGAACCUCUUCGCUCAGGUGGACGACUACGAAACGGCCAUGGUGAGUCAGAACUUCAACAUGGCGUCUAUGGUCCUGUGUUACCUGAGCGCGUCCAUCAACCCCGUGGUCUAUAACCUGAUGUCGAGGAAAUACCGAGCGGCCGCCAAACGCCUUUUCGUGCUGCAGCAGAGGUCCAGACAGGCCCAGCGCGGACAGAGGCCCCUGUGUGUGGUGGAGCACAUGACCGAGAGUCUCACAGGAGUCUGAAGGAUCUAAACACGCCGUCAUGUUGGAUUUGUGAUGGUUGGAGGUGGAAGCUACUAAAGCUGCUAACAUAGAAAUAGACAGGUUUAAUGUGGAUGCUAUGUACUGUAACUGAAUGACGGGGAAAAUACUACAUUUAAUGUUUUUCAGUUUUGUGAUAAAACAAUAUGAAGCAAAAAAUUAUGUACAUGAAGCAAAAAAUGAUGUAAAUUUACUUUCACGUUGGGUUUUUGGUGUGAUGUGUCUGCCAGUAAAGCUUAAAUGAAUUAUAAGGGGAAUCUUAAUUAAAUAUAUAUAUUUUUCAGACUGUACCCACUGAAAACUAGACUUUUGUGCAAUUUGUAAGUCGUUUCAUAACAAAAUUGUGAAUUCUAAUGAUGUUUAUA